AGCUUAUAAGAGUAAGAUAUUUUGAGAAGGGGGGGCUAAAGAUAUUUAUGUUGUUCGUUCUCUGCUAAAUUCUUCGAAGCAGCUUCUUAUAGCUUUAGCAAUUAGCUAACCCCUUCACAAUAAGAUUUUCUAUUAAAAAAAGAAAAAUCAGAUAUAAUAAUAAUAAUUAUCCAUAUAUCAUGGAAUCCUCAAGCCUUGUCUCAUUUUGUCAAUUAUCCAAUAUUUUAGCGCCAAAAAAGGUGCAUAAUUACAGGCCAUUGUUGAAACAAAGAACUUCUCCCUCCACAACAACUCUUCAAUGCCACAAGAUGUAUGUGCCUGGUUUCGGAGAAGCGUCACCAGAAGCAAAAGCGGCAAAACACUUGCACGACUUCUUCACAUACGUUGCUGUUAGAAUCGUCCAUUCCCAGCUUGAGAGCUACAACGAAGAGGCAUAUGCGGAGAUGGUGGAGUUCCUGGAGACACACUCGCUGAGUGACGGCGGUGAUAAUUUUGUUGCUGAUUUGCUUCGUCAAUCUUCCACCCACAAAACUUUAGCUCUGCGCAUAUUGGAGGUUCGGUCUGCAUAUUGCAAGAAUGACUUUGAAUGGGACAACUUGAAACGAUUGUCAAUCAAGAUGGUGGAAGAGCGUAACACAAAAGUGAUGAGGGACUAUGUGACAGAAACCAGCACUGUCAACACCGAAACCGAAACCGAAACCGAAACCGAGACCUAGCCCAUGCAUACACAUGUGUAUAUGAUCACAAAAUAAUUGUUGUAUAUUAUGUAUAUUACGCUCAUAAAAAGGUACAUUAUUGAAAUUUAUUUUCAGUAUAAUUGUUGGCUAAAAAUCACAUAUAAUUAACAAACCCUUUUUUUUU